AUGGCUCUUGAGUUCUUGAGCUGUCCUGACAAAUUCCAGUUACAACAGACUGAAAGCAAGUUGAAUUCUGAAGAGGAUGAGCACCUUCCUGAGUCAAGGGUUCAAAAAUGCCUACAGUUCGAGACACAAGGAUGCGGUGUACAGAAUUCCAGCAGCAUUUCAGAUGAAGGGAAUUCACCACAGCGACCAGCUUCCAUGAAUAUCAGCAGACUGGGCACACAGGGAAGCCUCUCCCAGGGCUGGAACUCUUCCUCAAGCAGAUCAAAUAGCAGUGGAAAAGUGGAUUACAUACUGGAGAAUGGUGGUUCUUCAAGAAGAAUGUUUUGGAAUGGAAGUAUAAACAGCUCAUACAAGCACGUUACUGACCAUGCCUCUCAACUGUCUGCUGUCCGUCGGACAAUGAAAACUGCUGACCAAAAGUCAAGUGAUAACCCAUCAACUAGAGUUAUCCCAACAAGAUGUGAAGAAUUGGCAGAAUGGGAUGUUUCAGAGAAAGGCUGCUACAAAGCUCGUGAGCAAGAUGACCGCAACCGAUCCUACAAAUGUUACCUUGAAGGAGAACCUCCAGUUGGCAAUGGUGCUGAUUUGGUAUUUGACAAUUGUAGCCAAGGGCAGAUGUUACAACAGAGGAAAAGUUCUCCAGAUCCUUUGGUUGUUGGUUCCUCCCUUAGUCCUCCUGGAAGUCCACUUAUCCAGUGCCUGGAACUAAAACGGAGCAAAUCUCCCACCAACAAAUUGGAGAGGCUCAAAGAACGGAUAAGGAUGCAGAGGAAGCUACAGAAAGAGCAGCAGUUUGUAAAGACUGACUCAGGUCUACCUCAAGAACAAUCUAUCCCAUUUCUCAGGCAGAAGACACACAAAGAUGAUUUGGAGAAAUGUUUGGUCAGGAAAGUGACCUUUGCGCCACCAGCACCAGCCUACAAAGGUUUCAAUGCUGUUAAGUUGAUUCCUGAAGUUGAAAGCUGCACUGGUGUGGAGAAGUCAGAGGGGGCUUCUGCAGGGAAUCCUCCCGUCAGCAGCCGGGGACGGAUACGACACAGACUCUACAGACAUCAAGAACCAGACAGCAGAAUCCCAAUCUCCAUUCCAGGACAGAGAAGAAAACACCAACAGAAUUCCAGCAGGGAACACGAGGCGACUCGCAAACCUCAGAGCUGCUCAAAGAUAAUUAGCCCAAAGGAACCCGCAAAAGUUAAUGGUUCAUCCUCUUCUGAUGUCUUUUCUUGGAAGCAAGGCCAGAAGUUGAUAAGAAUGUUACUUGGUCCAACGCCCAAGCGUCAACAGAGCCCAGUCACAACUCCAGAUACCAAUGAUAGCAACAGCCAAUAUCUUUCAGGCGAGAAAGUAAAAUACCCCAAGGGACGUGCAAGAUCACCAUCUUAUGAAAGGAAUCCCAGGCGAAGACUUUAUGUGGCGAGCGAGGAUGAUCAAUGUGGUAACUCCACAAGAACGGGGACAUUGGACAGUUCACAGCCAGGCCUGGAGAGCAUGCAGGUAGAUGGAACCUUGGCCGGUUUACAGUCAGGAAAGACUGCUGGAAUGAACCCGAGCUUCACUUGGAAGACGGGAGAUGACAGCGCAAAUGUAGAGGAAAAACGUGAAGAUACUCAGAAGAACCUUGCUACUCCUAAGGGAGACAAACAUGAAGAUGAGCACGGUGGCCCAAGACACUGGCGCACUUGCUCACCAAAAAGUUGCACCACGAAACGGAAACCCUAUUCAGGAGUUCAGAGAAGACCUUCACCUGCAGGGCACAGAGUAGGUUCCUCCAGCCCAGAGCAGAACAAAGCUAAAGUGGAAAACCAGGAACAGCGGGGACGGUCCCCCGUGGCUCGCAGUUACAACGCAGAUGAGGUCCGCGAGUACAUGAGCAGGCAGGUGGCAAAGCGCAAAAGGAAGGAAAGUGAAAGGAAACAGUCAGUAAAGCAGGCCAUGGAGAUGAAGAAGAGGAGACUGCAGGAAGUCUAUAGAAAACAGAAGGAGGCUGUCUCCAGACAGAAGAAAGGGAGGCAGAAGGACACUCUGCCUGUUCAGAACUCUGUGGAAGGAUAUAAAAGUUCCGCAUGGCCAGGAAAGAGCUUGGGGUCGACACAGCUGACGAAGAAUCAGACACCAACACGGGACAGGCCAGAGCCUGGAGACUUGGAGAAAAGUGGGUCAUAUCGACAGGAGCUGAAAAACCUCAUGGGGUCAUCGUGUAACUCACUGCCUGGCCAGUGUAACCCGCUGGGAGUUCAAGAUUUGGAUCCGCUUGCUUACUCACCAAAGCUAUCUUCUUCUUCACCGAUCACCAGCCGAUCCCUCGCAGCCCACGAGCAGCAGCCGAACUGCAGCCCUGCUCCCUGCAAGGGUUCUCAGUACAGGGACAGGCAGCAGCGCCUCGAGGCCCUUCGCUCCAUGGCUACAGCCCUCAGCAGCCGUAUUGAGAAUGAGGCAAGGAGACUAGGAAUGGAGACAGGGAUUGUGCCGGGUCCUGGAGGCCGAGACAGCUCCCAGGAAUGGGAACGGGGCGGUUUGGAUGGUCCUGUCCGACCUGAUACUGCAGCCAUGUUGGCUCAUGGCAACAGACCGGAGUGGCAAGGUGUGCCAGGUGGUUCCCUGGUGACAUCGCCAAGCCUGCCAACUGAUUUCAGUCUCCUGCCCAACUCUCUGCUCAAGGAGCUAGGUCGAGUAGAAGCUGAUAGGCCAAAGGACAAGCGUGCUGAGAAUCAAACUGACCUGGAAGUGAAGGAACUCGUGGAUGAACUGCUGCGUAGUCCCUCGUCUCAGAGUGAUGACUUCCUGUGGAGCGACUCUGAAACCUGGUCAGACCGCGAAGUCAUCUGUAGCCCCAGGGAGUCAAGCAACGGAUUGCUGGAUGAAGACAAAGGGUUGGAGGACCAGAGUGAUGAUGAUCUGGGGACACUCAGCAAAGGAAAGCAUCAGCCGGAAAGGAAAACCAGUACGGAUGAGACCGCCUUUGACACACCCCAACUUGCAAGUGGGUCCCUGGGCAAAGGAGGAUCUUGGGAAACAGGCAACAUGCAAGAUGGCAACAAGCCCUUGAUUGAAAACAGUCAGAGACUGAGCUCACCUUGGUCACCAUCCAGGACCAUGCCCAGCUCGUCCUUGGGAGACGAGGAGUCCGUCACCGUGAAGGAUUGUGGUAUCACUGAACGCAGCUGUUAUUACCUGAGCUCUCAGUCCCACAGAAACCCUCACAGUGGGAAGCCUUUCAGUGAUUCCAAGACUGCAAUCAAUCCCAGGAAAGUGACCACAAAUGAGAUGGUGAAGAGAAAGGAGGACCCAGUGACCCAGAGGCUAGCCGAACUGAUGAAGCAACUCCAAGAGGAAACUGAGGAGUUAAGGAUGAAAACACCCCUGAAAGGAGACUCUGUUUUGGAGAUGAAGAGGUCCUUGAUGUCCCCUGACUCCACUGAACAUCUGAAGAGCAGCAGGAGCAGGACCGGUGCAGAGAUCUCAGUGGAUGGGAACGGAACCGCUCACACCUCUGUCACCCAUGGAUCACUGAUGGAGCAAUCCCUCUGGUCCCUGUUGCCUUCUGAGAGCCAUUAUAGGCAGACAAUGGAAAGAAUUAAGAACUUGCAUUCAAGGGACGGCAGUGUACUGCACACACCAAGCAUUUCCUUUAACAAGUGGGAGGAAACGGGAAGGCCCAUCUUUGGGAACCACGAUGCAUUCAGCCGUUUUACCCUCGAGAUGGCCCACCAGUACCUGAAGGAAGAGGAUCUUCGAGCCAGACACCAGGCAGCUUUGUUCCGACUGAGGGAGAAGGCACUCAAGGAGAAGACCAGGGCUGAGCUGGCCUGGCUGGAGCAUCAGAAAACACAUCUCCAGGACAAAGGGCAAGAUGACAAAAGGCCUGUCAUUGUCAGGAAGCAGCGGGAAGUUCUGCUGAAGCUACAAAAGGAAAAGGCAGAGAUCCGACACCUCCAGAAUGCCUGUCAGGUUGCGCACCAGGAGAGGAAGCUCCUUCUCAAGCAGCAGCAGGAGAUUUUUCGGAUCCAUCGAUCAACAGCACACCUGCAGUGGCAGCUGGGCAGGUCUGCCACAUGCCCCUGGUUUUCAGAGGAGAAGGAAACCACAUCGCCUCCAGCUGCUGACAGUGAAUCCACACGGAUGAUCAGUCCCCUACCUGACCCAGAUGUGGGCUGCUCGUUCCCUCGGCCACUCCCUGAGAGUGAUGGGAGCUCAGUCAUGGAGCGACUGAAGGAAAUGCGCAGAAAACCGGAUGAACGGUUCCUUCCUAAAACUGAGGAGGAAGUCUUCAGGCAGCAGAAACAAGCCAUGAGUAUGCUGGUAUGGAAGCACUCUUCAGACACAGAGGAACCCGUUGUUCACAGGACUGGGACGGAGGCUUUGGCCACCUGGGGUCCUCAGAUCAGGGAGCAGGUUCCGAGCAUAUGGGGACCUUCCACAGAGACAGAUAACAGGAAUGCUGUAGAAUAUUCCAGCAACCCAGAAUCAAGCAAGCACCUUGAGAUCAACAAAAUGAUGAUGUUGGCUGCAGACUUUUCUUUGGAUGAACUAACUAGAGGGCAGCAGACUGUGAAACCAGCUGAAACUUUGAAACCAAUCUGUACAGUUCUUGAACCUUCUGAAAAGUUAAUGAUGAAAGCAGGCAAGGUUCAAUCAGAAAAAGCUUUUCUCCUCAGUGAGAUGGGUGCAGAGUCAACCGCUGGAGAAACCCACACCUCCCCACUGAGACAUGAGCUGGCGAGCCGCAGGGUGAAGCUGGGCAGCAUACAGAGUGAGCAAAGGAGACGACAGAGGGAGAAGUUAAAGAUGGAGGAAGCUGAACUGUGCAGGCAGCUGGAGGCAUACGAUGCCUUUAUCAGUAAAACACAAGCCGAAUUGAUUUUGGACGCCGAUGUCAACCAAAUUCUAAAGCCUCAAAUUAUGACCCCUUCUGCAGCUCAGUACAAGUCACAAAUGGAUUUUCCUCGGCCACACAGAUCCAAUCUCCUUCAGCAUUCAGCCAAACAAAAUGCUAUGACACUUCAGUCACAAGAAUUACCUUCAAAGCGAGAUGGAAAGGCUAAAGAUGUUGUGAAGGCAAUAAAACCACAAGAGACAGCUGGAGCUGAGGGCCUAACCUCGGCUGGCAAUUCUGAGUUUGAUGAAAAGUCAUCGCAUGUCCCUAAUGCCCAGUUAUCUCCUCUAUCCCAUCCUGUUGAGCGGAUGCAGAGUGAAGAGACCCAUCCAGGAACUUUUACAUUGUCUGUCUUCCGGGAAUGGUCUGGGCAUUUGGAUGUUACGACUGACAAAUCAGGUCCAUCCCCGAACUCCAAGGAAGAGGUUCUACAAUACAAUGGGCCUGACUCUUCAGCUUUUAAUAGAACCCAAAGCAGCAAUAGCCUGUUGUCCACGAACCCUUCUCCUAAACAAAAUACAACCCUAUCUCCAUCAGAAGAAGAGGAAUCGUUGUUUCAAAGGAGACUCAAGUUGCACUCAGAUGAUUUUUGGAGCAAUUGGAGCAAGGCCAGGGCAGCAGAUCAUUCUUCACAAAACACUUGUGAGGAUUUUGUGAAUAGCAAUACUGAGCUGAAAGCAGAUCACAGGGUGGAAUUUGACUUGAAUCAAUCAAGCACUGUUGUCAUAAAUGCAAAAGGCUUCAAAGAAAAUGGGUUUGGAUCUCAUGUUUUUUUGGCAAAUAUUUCUGGUUUUACGCCUUCCUCUAACCAACAGCCUGCAUUGGGGCUAAGAGCAAACAGACUGACAAAUGAGACUGGUGGUCAGGAAGGGAUAGCUGCUGAAUCUCCCCCAAGGAGGACUGCUAAUAUCUGUGAACAAGCUUCAGUUCUUCCUUUAAUAAACAGCCCCUGUACACUGAAAGAGGUGGCAGAUUUGGCACACAGUCAGCAGACUGCUGCUGGAGACUCCUGGACUGCAGAAGUUAUUUCCCCUGCAAGCUUCCUUGUAUUCAACGACGACUUUCCCAGCACUGAUGAUAAGUCGGAAGGCAUGGAAAAAGACUUGUUUUGCAAAAGGGAAGUGCAAUCAUCUGUAAAAGGUACAAAUGAAAUACUUCCACCUUUACCUCAAGAAGAAAAUUCAUUAAGAAGUGAAGCAGCUGAAGAAGUGACCUCGUGUAGCAAAGACCCGGCAUCUCCAGCUGAAGGCUUUGCAUCUGAAAGUGUUGAAUUGCCACUUUUGAAUGCAGAAGGGGUAUUACACUGGCAGCAGGGUUUAUUACCCGUUUUAAAAUCCAGUUCUGAAAUGGAAGUCUUGGCCAUUCCACUCAUUGACACGUCAGCUCAGAUGAGACGGAUACCUCCUGUAGAAGAAAUCUCAUUCGUAACUGAGGAGCUUCCAUCACCAACUGAGGGAGACAAUCCGCUUAAUACGAAGGAGAUGAGCUCUUCAGUCGAUGAAUCAAUGGUUCAUGAAGCUGACGUUUCUUCAUCUCCUACUGAAUGUACUAUCUCAUUUGAAACUGAAGAAUUUCCUCCACUGGCUGAAGAAAUCAUAAUGCUUCCGAGCAAAGAGCUUCCUUCUCCAUCAAGAGCUAAUAGUAUUGUUCAAAUCAAAGAUUUCUCACCAUCAUCUGCCAACAUCUUUCCCAAAUAUGAAUCAUCUGUGCAUAAUAAAAAUAAUGGGGUGAGCACUGAUGAAUUCACUCACCCUCCUCCCCCUGUUGAAAAAAUGGUGGAAGAAAGGAACAGCAAUGUUACGGAGAAAUACAAAUACCCCCUCAGAUCAAGUAGAGACAAGAAAAACAUAACAGAGUUUUGUGGAAAUAAUCUUUUGUUAGAGCCCUCAAGAGUCCUCCUGCCUCAAACGAGGCAACAAACAGUUGAGCCUUUAAGUUGCUCUACUAUCAGAGACCAAGAGUUGAUAGAUAUUAAAAAGGCUGAUUCCCUAAAAUUUAAAGGACACUCAUCAUUUGGUCAGGAUUAUUGGGUUGCUGAAGAACUGGAUAAACCAACAGUACAACAUGAUGGAGCCAUCUGUGAGCUGAAGUACAAGGAAUGCACAAAGAAAUGUGACGUCCCUAUCACUCCAGAAGACCUCUUCCAGCACUGGGAUAUAUUUGAUGUUAAUACUGAUGUCACUGACAGUGAAGACUCCUUCUCUGAGGGGUCGCCUAUUCUAAACCAGCGAGAUGCCAAUGACUAUUUGAAGCGAGCUCAGUCUUCUGAAGCAGAAUUUGAGAUGAAGAUGAAAGAGAAAGUAUUUGCUUCCCAGGAAAAAGACAAAAACCCUAUUUUGGACCAAAGCGACGAGGCCGAGGCACAUCGGAAUAGUAACAAUGAUCUUGAGCUGCAACGCAUAAUUCUGGAGUGCGCAAAGGCAGUAGAAUCAUUUGCAGAUUCUGAAAAUUUACUGGGUGCUGAAGUGGAGCCAAAAUCUCACUUGGAGAAUAAUUUAAAUUCAGAAGGUUUAGUCCGUUCCCGGGCUGAACAGCAGCUUGUCGGAAAAGGUAGCGAGCAGUCAUUGAAUGAUGCUGAAGGAUUUCUCACGCAGUAUCUUGUAGAAGGAACUUUGGGCGAAGUGACCGGCAUUAGAGAUCAGGAAUAUCACAGUACCCAAAAGAAACUCAGCCAGUGUCAAAUCAAGCGACAUUCUGCUGAGUUGACUCAGCAGAACUCCCAGACUCUUCAAAGGCAGAGAGCUCUUGACAGAUCCUAUGAAGAAAUGACUGGCCUUCUCAGAGUAGACUUAAUGCAAGUUAAAGUUAGAAUUGCAAAGAACGGCAGCUACAAAGAAUCCAUGGAAAAUGUGAUCAAUUAUUUAAUCACAGAAUUCAUAGAUGAAGCCACAAAAGAAUACAAAAAAAUCAAGAGGAAACGUACUGGAAAUACUGAAGCAAAACUAAUUCUGUAUUCUCAGCCUGCAGUGGAGUGUUCGACUCAAUUGAAAAUGGUGCACAAUGCAGGGAUAUCUGGAAACAGCCCAGAUAUAGGUAAUAGAAAGCUGAAGGGACUACAGCCCUUCCUGGGCACCAAAACCCAUGGACAGAGGUUUCUGUUGGACCACUGGUGUUCAGUUCCCUGGAGACGGUCGGAAGAAACCACUUUUGUUGUGCCUCAUAAAUUCACAGAGAUUCAACACUGGGUUGGAAAUUCUGUUAAUGCUCUAUGGGGGCAACGUGGCCAGCUUCAAGACGGCAACGGGAUCAAUGUGCUGGAGUGCCGAAAGGAUACUGAUGAAAUGAACGCUGAUGGAAAAAGCAAGAGAGUAUACAAACAGGCUAUUUUUGAUUUGACUUCUGCUAUUUUCCAAAAUGCCUUAAAAAAGGAGCCAAAGAACAAACUAGAUCCAUGGAUGAAAGCCAGGCCUCGGGCUUUAUUCUACUCUGGUCAUGCUCUCAAUAAAGAGGACAAAACUGAAAUGACGAUUCAGGAACUGCAAGAAGAAGAGAGUCACUGGAUUGAGUAUGCUGAUGAUGAGCUAGCAUUGAAGAUGAAACUAACUGAAGACAUCUUUAACAUCCUGCUUCAUGACACUGCAGAUAUCCUCAGCACCAUCUGUGGAAAGAAGCUGGCAGAACAAAAGCUCAUUUCUUCCAGCACAUGACAAUUUAAGCCAAUGUAUUACUUACAAGUUAUAGGCAACAGAAGGCAAAGAACCACUAAAAAGUUUCACAGAAUGUUCACAAUUACCAUAUAAUGUGAAAAUUUAAAACAGUGAAUCUACACAAUGCUGAGCAAACAAACUUCAAUGCCUGAUUGUAUUGGGGAGAAGGUCUGCCUUGGACAUUGACUAACAGGGUAAUGGCCACCCAUUAACAUUGAUCAUGGCUUAGCACAGAGCACCUGCUUCUGAGUCGAAAGUUGUGGGUUGGAGUCUUCCAACAUGACUGUACAAAAUCCACUUGAAAAUAGGGAAUGUUGUAGUGCCGAUGGUUUUUGAAUCUGUCUCUCAAGUGGAUGUUAAAUUUCUAAUGAGGCUAUUCUGAGGUAUUAGCACCAGUGUUCUGGAAAGUCUAUUUAACCAGUAGCACUGAAACUGAUUACCCUGCCAUAAGCAAAUUGCUAUCCAAGGGAGCUUGCUGAGUACAAAUUGGUUGCUGUGUUUUCUAUAUGACAAUCGACAGAAACUCAAUAAGUACUUCACCUGGUGUAAAGUGUUUUAGGAGUUGCUGUGGUGGUAAUGGACACUGACUGCAGAGAUGCAACUUUUCAUACUUUUUUUUACUUUACUGCUUUGCAAAUUAUUUAAUUUUUUUGCCUUCCACCCAGAUUUUGAACAACAUUCUCGCCUACUAUACAGAAUAUUCCCACCUGUUAAGUAAGUAUUAAACUUACCUUGAGAAACACAUUGAAGAAUGUAUUUGUUCAAUGUGGACCUGAACCAAUAUAAAUAUUUGGUCCUUGCCUUGCUUGGUCUAAUGCACUGUUCUUAUCUUGCCUGUCCUGUAGCAAUGACUCACAAAUAUAGUGUAAGAGAGGACUUAGCAAAGUAGUUUGAGAGCAUAUGCUUACAGAUAAAGUGACACCUGACAAGUGGAUUAUGAAAUUAUGACAAUUAUGAAAUUUAAGAGACAUUUCAGCAGGCACUUAGUAAAUAGGCAAAGGAUAGAAAGAUAUGGACCUAAUGCUGGGAAAUGGGAUUAGUGUAGACAGGCAAAAUGGUUGGCAUGGACAAGAUGGAUCAAAAGGGCCAUUUCUGUGCUGUACAUCUCCUUGACUCUUUGACCUUCUUAAGUUUAUCUGCAAAAUAUCAAGAUGUUUUACUAAAAUGUCUGAUGGAACAGAGGGAGAUAUUAAAAUAUUAUCUAAAGCAAUCCAGAAAUAUUACAAUUCCUUCCCCAGUAUUACAUGUUAGGUUAUAAUUGGGGUUCUAAGUAGUAGUCCAUUUGGCCCUCCACCAGUAAGAGUCAGUAACCGGACAUCAGCUGCAAUGUGGCCUCAAACAGCCCAGUGCCCAGACAGAAUGGCUUCAGAUCAUACUGUACCUCCUCGGUAUGGGUAAUACACAGCGGUCAGGGCAGUGGCAGAAUGGCGAGGAAAGCUAAUGAAUGCUGGCUGGCAUCCUUGGAGUGGAUGGUAAGCGAAUGUAAAACUGGGCUGCUGCCAAAUACCAUGUGGUGUUUCACCAACCUGUUGGAGAACAUAUGAUGGAGCCUUGGCAAGCGCUUUAAAAGCUGGAAUCUAGAACUCUUAUUGGAUCAGCCUAAACAUGUGUGACUUUGGUCAUAGCUUCCACUGCUGCAGUCACAGACAGUUGGAUAUAAUCCUAUAACUCGCAUACAGUAGCAAGUUGUGAGUACCACACUACACUGAUGGCAGGCAUUGAGGAGCUUAUUCACAGUCAUCUUCCGGAGAGCAUCUCGAGAUGGGUGAUAGAAUACACCCUGUGCCAGAAAAACUCACAGCCCAAAAAUAUUUUUGUCAAAUAAUUUCUGAAGAUUAUAAUACAGUAAUUCAAUUUAUUAAAGUUUGAUUUAUGAAACUCUUAGGGCCAUUUACUCUUAGAACCGUGUGUUUUUAUCAUGUGAUUUAUGACACUUUCUGUCAAUGAUGAUUACUGUGUAUGUCUCUGUAAAGGGAUUCAGAAUACUGAAACACUUGUGUGCACUUUGCCCUGAAUUUUACACUUAAAAGAUCUUCCAGUGAUACAUCAAUUUAGUAAAUCAAGGUAUGACUGUAAUUGGCCUGCUAUUAAAAGUAUGAAAGCUCUCAAUAGUAACUUGGUAUCUAUCAGA